CACUGAAAGCCGCUUCCCAGUAAACCUGCCUUUAAUAUAACCUAUUCUGGCUUAAAAUGGGUGGUGGGGAGAAAUGACCUAUUAUUAAUUAUGUUCUAAAUUUUUCUGAUGAAUUAAGUUUCCAUGCUGAGUUUUCUGUAGAAGAAAUUAUAUAAUGUCCAGUAACUGCUUUAGAAUACUACAGAAACAACUAUUGAACAGGAAAAUUCAAAUGCUAGUAGUAGUUGAAGGUAGAUAAUAGGUCAGUGAUUACACUAGAUUAUUCUAUUUCUUUUGUAUGUCUGAAAACUUUCCAUGUUGAAACACUAAAGUAAAAAUUAAUUAGUGAAACAUGGAAUCCAGAUAAAUCAACUUCAGAGUGUCAUGAUGCAAUAGACAGCAGAGCCAGCAAACAGAAGGAUGGGCCAUUCUUACGUAAUUUGUACCUAGAACUUAGGACAUUGAUGCCGUGUGAGAGUGUUGUUUAUUCACAAGGUGGACAUUGAACAACUACUAACUUAGAGUUUUCAAUCAUUAAAAAGCUCUUUUUUCCGGAAAGUACCAGAAAUGGCCAGCUAUGUGAGCAGAUAGUACCGACGUCAUGGGGCACACAGAGUAUCAACACGUCUAAUAAUCCUAACUCCAGCUGAGUAACAAGACAAAGCUCCCUGGCAAAGGUUUUCUUUCCCCUCUCUCCUCUUCCCUUCCUUCUCUCUCUUCUCCUUCCUUUUCUGAUACAUCAAGCAUCUUGUCAAGCAUCUUGAGCUUACCUGGCACUUGUUCUGUAGCCCAGACUGACCUCAAACUCAUGACCCUCCUCUUGUCUUGGCCUCAAGCACAGGGUUCAUCUCUGGCCUCAACAUUUAUUUAGGGGGAAAUUGGGUUUCAAGUCAUGGAGCAUCUGCUAACUGUCAACUAUUGACAAGCGUUGAAAAGGCACAAUAAAUUAAAAUGCUUAAGUAUGUUAGCGAAUCAGCAACAGUGAAAAUUAUCUGAUUCAAGGCUUAGAUGUUCCUAACUGAUUAUACAACUCAACUCAAAAGAGUUGACAGAGCUGAAACAUUUGGAAGAGCCAGGAGCUGAAACAGGAAAAGCCACAGAGCACGUCACAACCUUGAAGGGGCAAGCCUUAAGAAAAGUGGAUGGAAACCAAGCCCAACAACAAGAAGAUAAGUCUCAAAUGGAGAACCAGUGCCUCCCCAAGAAAGUUCCAGGUUUCUGUUCCUUUCGGUAUGGGCUGGCUAUCCUUCUGCACUUCUGUAACAUUGCCAUCAUGGCUCAGCGAGUAUGCCUGAAUCUCACAAUGGUAGCCAUGGUGAACAACACAGAGCCAUCCCAUUUACCUAAUGAAUCUGUGGUGGAGAUGCUGGAUAAUGUAAAGAACCCUGUGUAUCCCUGGAGUCUUUAUAUCCAAGGGUUUAUUCUCAGUUCUGUCUUCUUUGGUAUGGUCGUGGUUCAAGUUCCUGUUGGGUACCUAUCGGGAAUAUACCCAAUGAAGAGAAUAAUUGGGUUUUCAAUGCUCCUCAGCUCUGUGAUGUCCCUGCUCAUCCCACCAGCUGCGCAAGUCGGAGCAGCUUUGGUCAUUGCAUGUCGAGUACUCCAGGGAAUAGCCCAGGGAAUAGUUUCAACAGGCCAGCAUGAAAUAUGGGUCAAAUGGGCACCUCCCUUAGAACGAGGCAGACUUACCUCUAUGACUCUAUCAGGGUUUGUAAUGGGACCAUUUAUAGUUCUACUUGUGAGUGGCUUCAUCUGUGAUCUCCUGGGCUGGCCCAUGGUUUUCUACAUCUUUGGUAUUGUUGGGUGUGUUCUGAGUCUUUUCUGGUUCAUUCUAUUCUUUGAUGACCCCAAGGACCACCCAUAUAUGAGCAGCAGUGAGAAGGACUACAUCAUAUCCUCUCUCAUGCAACAGGUCAGCUCAGGCAGACAAUCCCUGCCAAUCAAAGCUAUGCUUAAGUCUCUUCCACUCUGGGCCAUUAUCCUCAAUAGCUUUGCUUUCAUAUGGUCAAACAGUCUCCUGGUUACAUACACACCGACAUUCAUCAGCACCGUACUUCAUGUUAAUGUUAGAGAGAAUGGGAUGCUGUCCAGCCUCCCCUAUCUGCUUGCCUACAUCUGUGGUAACGUAGCAGGUCAGAUGUCAGACUUCUUUCUGUCCAGGAAGAUUUUCAGCAUAGUUACCGUCCGGAAACUCUUCACCACACUAGGGAUUUUCUGUCCUGUGAUCUUCAUCAUGUGCCUGCUCUACCUGAGCUACAACUUCUACAGCACUGUCAUUUUCCUGACACUUGCCAACUCAACACUUAGCUUUUCCUUCUGUGGACAACUUAUCAACGCCUUGGAUAUUGCUCCCAGAUAUUAUGGAUUUCUUAAGGCAGUCACAGCUUUAAUUGGAAUGUUUGGAGGCCUAAUUUCUUCAACUAUCGCUGGAUUGAUCCUUAAUCAAGAUCCAGAUUAUGCUUGGCAUAAAAUCUUCUUCUUGAUGGCAGGCAUUAACACGACGUGCCUGGCUUUCUACCUUCUAUUUGCUAAAGGAGAAAUUCAGGACUGGGCUAAAGAAACAAAGACCACACGGCUGUGAAGUUAGUAGAAAAAUGAGCACCUGAGAAGCAUGAGGUCAGCAUCCUUAUGGAAAGGAAGAGGAACCUGCAUGGGACUGAAGGUCCUGGGAGAGUCACGAACACCUCGAGACGGGCAGCAUGAGGCUCCUGAGCGCUCAGUCUCACCCACUUUCAUCUGAGUGAUUCUCUUGCACUGUGUAUUGUAUGAAACAAGUUAUACUUCUGACUUUGAAAAGGAAUUUAUUUAUCUGUCUUCCUCUAUGAUCCAAUAAACAUAAGACAAAAUUUUACUCUACAACUUCAUGAAAAAGCA